AUGACGUGGCGCCCCUGUUUUCUGGACGCUAUGAUCGCCUUAUCAUGGGAGGCGAUUUCAACUGUGUCCUCCAUCCGCAGGACCAAGUGCCUGGUUAUUCGCCAUGCACGACUUACGAAGGCUGCUCCAGUGCCACUCACGCCAGCGUCCCUCGAAGGAGUUUCAACAUCGACAUCUCCUUUCAGACUGCACCAGCUGUUGGAGGCGUACACUUCCGUCAGACGCGCCACACAGCUGCUGCAGAGCCACUUCGGUGCUCCCGUGGCUGUCAGCGUGGCGCAGUCGGUGUGCUGUUCCACUUGCAGCGCCUACGAAGUGCUACUGACACAGCUGCGGCCUCAGUGGGCAGAGCAGUUGCCACUAAGUCCCUCGGUGGGCAACUCGCUCUUGUGGCUCACCUACCACUGGCUCCGGCUGACCACGGUGUCGCGGGCCUGCGGUUCAGUCGAGCACGCGGCGGCGAAUACCAGCGAACUCGUCCUGAGGGCUGCCGUGGCGUCUGAGGGCCGCUGUGCUGACCUGGAGUCUUUGCUCGUUCUCGUCACACACGGGCCACCAUUGCAUUUCUCCGCAGCCGGAUUCUUCAUCGUCAACCGCCGCCUACUGGUCUCAGCACUAGCUAUUGUCGUUACUUAUUUAAUCAUCCUGGGACAGCUCACCCCAAAGCAGUGA